CGAAAGCAGGUCAGAGGAUGGUUCUCUCAUCCUGCAGGUUCAUCAUGGACUCACACUCACCCUUGAAAAAAGCUCUAUACUAGCGACCGAUUUACAUUUGCAAUUUUUUCGAGCAAGGACUCUCACAGAUCUAUUCUAAAUGGAGAACAGCUCGAAAGAAACUUGUAUCACGACACCACGCAUAUGUCAUCACUCAUUGUGGACCGGGAACAAGGCGGCGUGCAAGUGCGAGGAAUUCUCAGCCAUCAUCUCAGAAUCGCUCCUCUCGAGAUGGCGAGUCGAUCCAGCGAUGGGAACACUCCGCAUGAGAUCACUGUAAUCAAAGAAAGCCCAACAGUAACGUCUCGCCAAAAUGGUGAGGCAGUAGAGGAAAAUCUCUACGAGCAGCACUGCAACCCUAUAGACAUUGAAAAGAGAGGAGUGGAGCAAAAACCACCUGAUCUGUUUCGAGUGGAAGUGUGCAUUGUGGUGAGCAAAAAAUAUGCCAGUGCGUUUAAUACAUCCGAGGAUCUUCUCCUCUACAUUGGCGCCAUGAUUAAUGGGGUGUCGCUGCGAUAUAUCGAUAUGAUAUGUCCGAAAAUACAGUUUCAACUCAAUCAACUGUUCAUCGUUAAGGAUGAAUUUCUUUUUGGAAACGUGGUUUGCGAUAUACACCCCAAUGCAUCUGAGGACAGCAACACUGUCUGCCCCCCUGAUGCUGAGAAGACACUAAACAAGACCACGGAUUAUGUGAACGUAUGUACUACUGGACAUUGCGACAUUGUUUAUCACUUGACAAGAGAAGACAUCAUGUAUUAUAUUAAUAGCACUCAUGGUAUUGACAUUGAUGGUUUGUCUGACACAGCCGGAGUUUGCACAGAAGCCAAAUUCGCUAUCGGAGAGGACAAACCACAUACAUAUAGCGGACUUGUAGUGAUGGCACACGAAAUCGGACAUUUGCUAGGCUCGGACCAUGACAGCUGUCCAGGUGCAAAAGAUUGUCCUGCUAGUUACGGAUUUCUGAUGACAAAUUUACCUAUGGAAACGCAUAAUAAAUCAAAGCUAUCAGACUGCAGUCAAAAGCAAAUACGUUCUUUAGUCAGGCGACUGAAUCAGUCGUGUGUAAGCGUCAAUACAAGAGCCAACUACACAAAUGACGUAUAUCCAGGAGAAAACAUGACUUACGAAGCAUUUUGCAAAUUGACGCAUCCAGAAAUACAAGACUUGUAUGUCUCAAAAGAGAAUCUGACAGAUUGUCUUAUAAAGUGCUGCGACAAUAGUACAGAGAGUGCGGACAGUCAAGAAAGUUUGGAGAGUUCACCGCUUGAAAUUACUUCAGAUGAUUCAAGGACAACUGAAGGAAUUUACGAAUAUUAUCCCUAUGAAUAUUUAUUUGGCGAAUAUGAAAGCCUGCUAGACGGAAUGGCAUGCGGCGAUAACAUGACAUGCUACAGAGGCAUUUGCGGCAUUCACAAUUGGAGUGAGAUAAGGCGGAAUUAUCGCACUCUCCGCACGUUUGAGAAAAUGCCAUAUGUGCGGCCUUAAUUCCGGCAUUGUGUUAAUUAUAUUGCAAUUCAGUAAAAUGCCAUAAUUUCAAUAAAAAAUUUAUC